CACGUCGACAACGUAUCCAAAAAUGGGAAGGUUAUUUCAAUAUUUGGGGAAAAUAUACAAAAAUUAAAAUAUAGAAAUUAAUCUGUAUGUUUUUAUUGGGAGUGGGUAUACCUGGGAACAUUAGACAACGGCCUGUCAAAUAACUAGCCUACGGGGCGGAUCCAGGAAUUUUAGCAGGAGGGGGGGGGGGUCCAGUCUUGAGCCUUUCACCCCCCCCCCCCGAUAGGAAAUUUUCAUAUUUGAACAUAGCUUUAGAUGGAUUUGAAGUAUAUUCCCGUUAUCAAAAUCCUGCUUGGUGGUCACGAGCGGGGGGGGGGGGGGGGUGUCCAGACCCCCUCGACCCCCCCCCCCCGGAUCCGCGUCUGUUUUAUGUUAUAGGCAUGCAUCAGUCAACAAUUUGGUGAGGACUGACGACACUCUUCAGCAGGUGCCAAACCACAAAACGAUGGAUGUAGCAAAUGGUGUCAUUCUUUCAAUGUGCAGCGUUUUACUGUUAGUUACAGUGUUAGUUCUACAACCUAUAGCCGGGCUUAGUGAAGAGAAGCCCGUGGAUUCUGUGUUGGAGCCCCCAGAACUCCCAGAGCAAUGGCGAGAGUUUGACAGCGAGCACACAGAUCUCGACUAUGGUUCCACAGAUAUGAAGCCUGAUUCCAAGAAGAAAAAGUAUCCCGUAAAACCACCCGCUAUGUCUCAAGAAGUCGACAAAGAUGAGGCUGUUAUUGACAGGCAGUUGACAAGAAAUGAAGGGAUGCUCAUGGACCUGCGUGGCCGCCCAGAGCAAGCCAGUAGCCACCAGAUUGAUCCAGAAGCUGGCGUUAACAUGCAGAUGACCAAACACGAAGAACUCCUUGUGGAAAUGGCAGCUCCACGACCCAGGGUGAACCGGAUAAGUGCACAUCCCAGGGUGAACCAGAUAGCUACUACAACUACUACUACAAAGAGACCGGAAACCAUUGAGCAUAUAUUCAAACUACCCGUGAAAACACAGGCCAUUCUACUUAUUUGUCUCUCAGCUUCUGCCAGCCUGAUCCUGCUAGGAUUCAUAAUUUUGGAGGUAAGGGCGGCUUUUUAUAUGCACAGGAAUCUAAUGUUGACGACAGUCACUUUUCGUACCCUUGUUUCGGCUUCGUAGACAAUAAAUUAUUUCUUACCGUAAUUUCCAUACGGAAAUAUAAAAUCCAUAUUUCGUAAAGGUACAAUUUUUUAAUCACAAGAUUUUCUUCACACACAUUCAGCUGCAUUAGUAAUUUUCAAACAAAAACAAUUCAAUAGCAAUUUUGCAUUAGA